AUGGAACGCUUAGACCAUAAAUUGGCCGAGUUGUUGCCGAAUUACCCAGCAAUUUGGAAGAGGGGCUGCAACGAUUUUAAGAAUAAAGUCAAAAAAGAAAAUAGCUUCAAAGCUAUUGCUAAGGAACUAAAAACCACCGUCGAAGUUGUGAUUGGCAGAUAUAAAUACUUACGUGAGAGAUUUCGAAAGGAGAAUGAAAAAAUCGAAAAAGAAACAAGGAGUGGAGCUGGCUUGUCUGAAGAAAUAGUGUGGCCACUAUAUGAAUCAUUAAGGUUUUUGUCCAGCGUUAUCUUAAAAAGAAAAACGAAAACAAACUUAGCAUUGCCCACCGAUACCCUGAAUGAAGACCUUAGUGAAUUUCAGUUUGAAACAUUAAUGGAACUGAACGAUGACAAUAGCAAGAUGUCAAUAAUUAUGGAUACUGAAAAGGAUGAAGAAAUCAAUGAAAUAAUUUAUAUAGUGGAAGAAAAAACUGAUAAAGAAUGUGUUUCCGAAAAUAUUGAAUCCACCAAAUUGCCUCAAAUAAAGAAAUUGGAAAAAAGUGCUUCCAAAAGACAUGCAUCAGAAACUGUGACAUCCACAAAAUUGCCCCGAACACCACUAAGUGCAAAGUCAUCUAAUUUUUGUACCCCCAUGACUCCAUCAGGGAAUCUUCCAAAAUCUUCUCGACAAAUUGAACCACUGAUUAAUAAGUUGGUACAAGCAGCAGACAAAGUGUCAGAUAUGCCAGUGGCUACACCAUUUUCCAAUACUUCCAGGUUGUCUGAUUUUGCCAACUAUUUGGCUGCAAGCCUAAAUAUGCUCGAUGAAGAGCUGUGUGAUGAUGCCAUGGCUGAGAUGGUUGUCAUAAUAAACUCCUACAAAAAAAAAACAACGUCUUAG